CGACACGUGGGCGGUUUGUCGGUGACAAUGUUGGAAGGAUCUGCGCGCUACGCGACUCUUCCGAAGGAAAUCGAAAAGGAAAGCGAAGCUCUUGGACUGGCGCCUAUUAUUGGUCAGACGGCGAGAGAUUUUGUAGAUGAGUAUGUCAGCAUGCACAUUAGUCAGCAAGAGAAGAAAGCGAAGGAGGAGAGCAUCAGACAGCAGUUGACUCACAAAGCAUUGGUGUUGGAUAAUGUUGGAUUGCGGAGGCCUGGAAAUAAAAGGAAAGCACCGAAAGGAGCUUGGAGACCCGUGACGUCGAAAGAGAAACGCUCUUUGAAUUUGUAUGAAAUUCCGGAAGGAGCACGGAGGUUUGAGUUGUACUUGCCUCUUCACGAACUUUGGCUGCAAUAUAUGGACGAACUGCUGCAGCCACAAGAAAGCAGUCAUCAGAUAGGGGUCAUACAGUCCAAACUCCUUAAGGCAGACCUACACGGCUGUCAAAUGACAGUCACUAGAUCAAAGUGUCCAUCGUAUAUAGGCCAGUCAGGGAUAAUACUGAUGGAGACACAGAAUACCUUCAAGAUCAUUCGCAAAGAUAACUCUCUCAAGGUGAUUCCAAAAGCAGGAAGUGUCUUUUCUGUCGGCUAUAGAGAAUACAUUUUUACUCUGUAUGGAAAUCAUUUACGAUACAAGUCAGCAGAUCGGUCUGCAAGGAAAUUCAAGACUAAGCCAACUAUCGACUUAUGA